GCAGAGCACACGUACGGGGAGGUGAACCAGCUGGGUGGUGUCUUCGUGAACGGGCGGCCGCUGCCCAACGCCAUCCGCCUGCGGAUCGUGGAGCUGGCCCAGCUCGGCAUCCGCCCCGCGACAAUCAGCCGCCAGCUGCGGGUCUCGCACGGCUGCGUCAGCAAGAUCCUGGCCCGCUACAACGAGACCGGCUCCAUCCUGCCCGGAGCCAUCGGAGGCAGCAAGCCGCGCGUCACCACCCCCAACGUGGUCAAACACAUCCGAGACUACAAGCAGGGCGAUCCCGGCAUCUUCGCCUGGGAGAUCCGCGACCGGCUGCUGGCCGACGGCGUCUGCGACAAGUACAACGUGCCGUCGGUCAGCUCCAUCAGCAGGAUCCUGAGGAACAAAAUCGGCAGCCUCUCGCAGCCCGGCGGCCCUUACGACGGCGGCAAGCAGCCCCCCCCCGCAGGCCCCGCCCUGCCCUACAACCCCCUUUACCAGUACCCGUACCCCGGUCCCAUGGCCCCGCCGGCAGCCAAGAUGAGCGCUCAUCCGGGGCCCGUCCCCGCGGCCCACGUCGGGCUGCCCCGCUCCUGGCCCUCGGCUCACUCUGUCACCAACAUCCUGGGCAUCCGCACCUUCGUGGAGCAGACGGGAGCUUUGGGUGGUACGGAGAGCUCUGCCUACCCCCCCAAAAUGGAAGACUGGCCCGGCGUGAACAGGACUGCCUUCCCUUCCGCCCAGGCCGACAAAGCCACGGUGGAAGGGGACAUCAAAUACCCGCAGCCCGCCCCGGGACUCUCCUCCGUGGGCAGCUUUCUCCCGGCCUGCGCCUAUCCCCCCGGUAACCAGCACGGCGUCUACGGCGCGCCUGGCGGCUACAUCCCCCCGGGACACCCAUGGCAGCCGCAGGGCCACCACGGCCCCGGUGUGACGGUGCACGGAGGCGAUCUGGCCAGCGCCAUGGCCUUCAAGCAGCCCGGCAGGGAAGUCACGGACAGAAAACCCGGCAGCCCCGUGGGGAAAUCCCCGGAUCCUCUCAGCCCCAUCCACGGACUCUCGAUCCCAGCCUCCUCCUCCUAG